AUGGUGUACAUCUCUUUGGAAACACUUGUGUGCGAUGCUGCCAGCGGUACCCCUGUGAGGCGCCUGGCAGGAGAGCUCUGGCAAAGCUUUUCAUCCUACUUCUUUCUGAAGAAACUCUGGAAAAUUGUUGGAAGUAAUUGGUUUCAGUCAAUUUGGUGGGGUGAUGCUGGAAACAUAGUGCUUGCUGAAAGGUUCUUCAAAUUUGAAACUGAGUCCAUGAAAAUGUUCAUUCAUCAGCUUAAUCUUCAUGGAUUCAGAAAAAAUGAAGGGUUCUCCAGUAUCUGCCUUACCUGA